UUCCGAACAGUCCCUAUUCUUUGACACUAAUGAUUACGUUGGUCAGUCGAUUCAAUGUCAAAACAGAUUGGUCAUAGCGCAAUUUGUCACUAAUUAAACCAGAAUCCAGAUUAAUAGACAAGUGAUGGCUUAUCAGGGAGGUCCGUAUUCUGGCAAUCCGUACAAUCCCAACCAGCCUGGAGGCUACGGUGGAUAUCCAGGAGCUCCAGGAGGCUACGCCCCACCAAGCGGAUAUGCACCACCGCCAGGAGCAUAUGCACCUCAAAACUCUUCAGUUUCAUCGGACGUGCAGAAAUGGUUUGAUAUGGUUGAUCGCGACCGCUCUGGGAAGAUUACUGCGGCCGAACUAAAACUAGCUUUAGUCAAUGGCAAAGGGGAGAACUUCUCCGACAAUGCGUGCAAAUUAAUGAUAAGCAUGUUCGACCACGACGCCAGCGGAACGAUCGACAUAACCGAAUUCGAAAAAUUGUAUGGUUACAUCAAUCAGUGGCUGGCUGUGUUUAAAACCUACGAUCGUGACCAGUCUGGGCACAUCGAAGAACAAGAGUUGAGUCAAGCUUUCACUCAAAUGGGAUUCCGUUUCUCCCCGCAGUUCGUGGAGUUUCUAGUGAAGAAAUGCGAUCCAGGCAACAAAAAGCAAAUCUCAGUGGAUCAGUUCAUUGUUUUGUGCGUGCAAAUCCAACGCUUCACCGAGGCGUUCCGGGCUCGCGAUACGGAGCAGCGUGGUGUGAUCACGAUCAACUUUGAGGACUUCCUGAGCGUGGCGAUUGGGUGCUCCAUCUAAGAUGCGUGUUGUCCUGGUGCUUACUAAAGAAAGGGCUGAUUUUUUCAGAUAUUUUAAUGUGUAUUACUUGCUACAAUUGUCACGUUAAACUUAAGUUCAAUUCACGAGGCCUCGAUUUCCGUGCUAGAAUCUCAGUUUGGUUUCAAAGCAAUUUCAAAAUUCAACUUAUUCAUUCCAGCGUUAGAUUAGGCUGAUAGACGCACGGAGAGCAGGAGAUUGCAUUUUGACAAUACAUUGCAGCUUUUGCGUUCAAUAAACUUUUUUUUAGAAAAUCCAAUUAAAAUAAUUUUGAAACUCGAAACCCGAAGUGCCGGAAAGUGGACAUUUUCACUUCUCUAGAAGCAGACGUGCUUAGUCGACCCCAAUUUUAUCCCUAGUUUAGAGCUUUUAGUCAGUUCAAAUAAGUCGGUGUGGGAAGUAACUAAUCCUUUAUGCAUAUUCUUCAGAUAGUUUAAAAUAUUUAACCAAAAGAAUGAUAUUACCAUGUUAUAAUCCUUAGAUUGCGGCAAUUUGUUUAUUCGAUGUCCGUCCUCCUUCCUGCUUCUUCAAAGUGAGGUAACCCUCCUAUUUACAAAUUCAUUCGGUGCGAAAUUUCCCGCUAAAAUAACCAAUGCUUACAUAAUAAUCAGUUGUUGACCUUCGAAUUUAUUAUUAGAAUCACAAACAAGAUUUAUUUUUUAUACAAAACGUACGCUAAUAAAGUGGCUAACUUUCCAAGGGAA